AUGGCAUCUGCAAUCUUCAAAACCACCCAAAAUGCCAUUUCCCAAAAUAUCCAUCUCCAUUUCUCCCCCAAAAAUUCCAAAUCCAUCACGAAACAAAGCAUUCCGGCCGUUGUUGUGAAGCUCUGCUCGGAGAACCGAUUGAAAGAAGCUGUGGGUAAUCUCGAUUUCAUUCCCAAAGAAGGUUUAUCCGCUGAAAAGACCCAAAUUUAUGACUGUUUGUUGCGUUCACUUGCAUCUGAGCGAGACCUUAUUCUUGCAAGAAAGGUCUAUGAUCACAUGGUCGGUUCGAAUUUGCAUAGGAAUGUGUAUUUUGGGACGAGAAUUGUCCACAUGUUUGUUGAAUGCGGUAGCUUGGUCGAUGCUAUGGAUGCUUUUGAGGGCGUUGAGGGUAAGAACUUGUGGUUCUGGUCUGUUAUCUUAGAUGGGUUCUGCAGGAAGGGUCUUUUCGAUGAAGCAUUGAUGCUUUUUCGUGAUUUCGGGACUGCUCAUCUGAGAGCUGAUGGUUUUGUUUUGAACAGUGUUCUUAGAGCUUGUGGUGGUUCACGGAAUUUGCAGUUGGGGAGGGAAGUUCAUGGAUUUGUUUAUAAGAGUGGAUACAAAUCUGAUGUUUUCCUGAGCAAUUGUUUGGUGGAUAUGUAUGGGAAAUGUGGCUGCAUUGGUGAUGCCCGUAAAUUGUUUGAUAAGAUGCUUCAUAGAGAUGUUGUUUCAUGGAAUACGAUGUUGAAGGGUUAUAGUCGAGCAGAGGAUUUUGAUGGGUUUGCUGGAUUGGUCACAGAAAUAGAAGCAGGAGGGGUGAAGCCAAAUUUGAUAACUUGGAAUACAAUUAUUUCAGGGUAUGCAGUUUACGGCUAUGCCAAAGAAGCACUGGAUUGUUUCUUUAAAAUGCAAAAGAUGGGUAUGAAACCAGAUGUAGUCUCUUGUAAUGCGCUAAUUUCGGCUUUGGCCCGAUGUGGGUAUUUUGAGGAAGCUUUAGAGCUUGUUCGGCAAAUGCGAAACGUGGGUUUGGAACCAGAUAUUGCUUCGUGGACGACACUUAUUGGAGCAUAUGUGAAUUUUGGAUUCUUGAAGGAGGCCUUGAGUUUGUUCUCCCAAGUGCAAUUUUCUGAGAUGGUUUUAGAUGAGAUGGUAUUUUCCUCAGUUCUUAAGGCAUGCGCUGGCCUAGGUGCUCUCAGACAAGGUAGAGAGAUCCAUGCAUUCAUAGUCAGAAACGGGUUUAUGAUUGAAGCUUUUCUUAGUGCUUCUCUUGUACACAUGUAUACCAAAUGUGGGAAACUAGACGAUGCACACAGAUUGCUAUUUAAGAACAACAUUGUUUCGUGGAACUCUUUGAUUGGGGGGUAUGUUAAAAAAGGGGACGUGGAAGAAGCAAAAGAACUUUUCCAAAGUUUGCAAUCAGAAUCCUUGAAGCCUGAUUUGGUGUCCUGGAAUAUAAUGAUUGACUGCAAUGCCCAAGAAGGUAAUACAAAAGGAGCAUUAGACAUGCUUGAUCGUAUGCAAUCAGUUGGGGUUUCACCUGAUUCAAUUUCGUGGAAUAGCAUUAUCAAAGGAUAUGCAAAAGGCAGGCAGACUGAUGAUGCUGUGCAGAUUGUAAAUCGAAUGGAAUCAUCAGGCUUUAAGCCGAAUACGGGCACAUGGAAUACAUUGAUAUCUAAUCAUGUCAACCAUGGGUAUGGGGAAGAGGCAUUACAAACUUUCCAAUUAAUGAAAAAAUGUGGCAUCGAACCAGAUGGGAUCACAAUUUCCUGUAUUCUACGUGCUUGUGCUCUUUUGGGAGCUUCACGAAUAGGAAAAUCAGUGCAUGGAUGGAUCAUGAGGAGAAGCAUCAAAGACAAGUACAUAACCAGCGCUCUCCUCGAAAUGUAUAUCAAGUCUGAUGAUUUGGGUACUGCUUGGGAGCUUUUUGCCAGAACCUGUGAUAAGAAUUUAGUAUUGUGGAAUGGAAUGAUAUCAGGGUUUGCCAAAAGCGGGAAGCUGCGCGAGGCUCACAGACUAUUGGGCAAAGUGCGAAUGGCUAAGUUAAAACCUGAUGUAAUUUCUUGGACCGCUGUCUUGUCAGGUUAUAUCAAGAGCGGCAAUGCAGAUACGGCAUUGGAAAUCUUGUGCCAAAUGUGGCAAUCUGGGGUUCGACCUGACCCAAUUGCUAUAACUGCUGCCUCAACAGCGUGUGCCAAAUUGGGAAUGCUUGAAAGUGGGAAAGAAAUCCAUGGCUUCUCAAUUACAACUGGAUUGGAGAAAGAUCCUUCUGUUCAAGCUGCUCUAAUAUCUAUGUAUUUCAAAUGUGGGAGCAUCAAUGAGGCUGUUUGCAUAUUUGAAAGAGCUCCCCACAACAAUACCUUAAUCUGGAACUCCAUGAUUUCAGGGUAUGUCAUGCAUGGGCGUGGAAAACUAGCCAUCUCUCUUUUCCGUAGAAUGCAGAAUGAAGGUGUCGACGCCAAUUCAAUCACGUUCUUCGGUGUUCUAUCCGCAUGUUGCCAAACAAACCUUGUUGUUGAAGAUUGGCAGUGUGCUGAUACAUUGCUUCAGGAUUUUGGUUCAUUAUGCCAUGGGGGACAGUAUGCGGAAAUGGUUGAUAUUGCUAGAGAUAUUUGUACAUUAGAAGAUGGAUAUCUGGAACACUGUGGUCUACUUCCAAGCAUUUACGAAGCUGCAAAGAAAUUUGAUGGUUGUGUAGCAAAUUCUGAAACACGAACAAAACAGUCAGGUCUCACUAAGAUCCCACAACCCAGUUGGAUAUAUAUUAACAGAAAGAGGCAUAGGUUCGAUGGAGGGAUCUUGCAUUCUGAAGUUGAUGGUACAUGUGAGGUUUUCAAUGCUUUAAAUCAACAGAUGAGAGAGGCCAGCCUCUAG